AUGGUCUUGAUGGACCUGGUCGGAAACGUCUCCGCCGUCGGCGACACGGAUGCGAUGGUGGCGGGCGACUCGGGCAGCAAGCACAACGGCGGCCGCAGCGCCGCCGUGUGUGCCGUCAACAGCAUGGUCUCGGAGGCUUCCGCGGCGACCGUGGCCGUGUUGGACGUGAUCGGGGGCGUCUCCGCUGGCAUGGUCACGAACGCGACGGUGGCAUUCGGCUCGGUCCGCACGCAGGUUGCCGCCGGUAGUAGUGUCAGCGGCGUCGCCAGCGACAUCGACAGCAGGGUCUCGGACACGAUUGAGGUGACCGUGGCCUUGGUGGACGUGGUCAGCGGCGUCUCCGCCGACAUGGACACGGACGCGGACGCGAUGGUGGCGGGCGACUCGUGCAGCAAGCACAACGGUGGCCGCAGCGCCGCCGUGUGUGCCGUCAACAGCAUGGUCUCGGAGGCUUCCGCGGCGACCGUGGCCGUGUUGGAUGUGAUCGGGGGCGUCUCCGCUGGCAUGGUCACGAACACGACGGUGGCAUUCGGCUCGGGCAGCGACGUCCGCACGCAGGUUGCCGCCGGUAGUAGUGUCAGCGGCGUCGCCAGCGACAUCGACAGCAGGGUCUCGGACACGAUUGAGGUGACCGUGGCCUUGGUGGACGUGGUCAGCCGCGUCUCCGCCGACAUGGACACGGACGCGGACGCGAUGGUGGCGGGCGACUCGUGCAGCAAGCACAACGGCGGCCGCAGCGCCGCCGUGUGUGCCGUCGACAGCAUGGUCUCGGAGGCUUCCGCGGCGACCGUGGCCGUGUUGGAUGUGAUCGGGGGCGUCUCCGCUGGCAUGGUCACGAACGCGACGGUGGCAUUCGGCGCGGUCGAUGAGGCUAAUAGGGGUGCUUUCGUGUUGGCUGGGCAGCGCCACGAGAGCGUUUAUAGCAGCGGCAUCGAUAGCCGGGCUUAG